CGCGGGAGAGGGGUCUUCCCGGUCGUGUCCAGCCGCUACAAGGGGGGGUUGCGGCUUCUGAAUGACGCCGGUGCUGUUUUCCCAACUAGGUAUGUGGUUUUUUCUUCCUCUAGGGAUCUUCUGAGAACCCAGUUGAUCCAGUAUGGCUUUGAUUAGCCGAAAAAGUUUCCAGUUUUAUUCAUCGAGCGCGCCAGCAAGCAGGUCCGUUUUGAUGACCCUAAGCAAAAGGUUGAGCUUUAUCAGUGGGCAGCGAAAGCCCCAAAACUGUAGCUCCGUAGCCAUGAGGAUGCUAUGUUUCAAAGAUAAAUCUCAGUAUAUGUUUUGUAGAAAAAACCACGUACAACUGCGGAUACAGUCUCUUUCUGUUAAUGAAACUGUGCAUCUUUGUGGGGAUAGUGGGAGCAGUACUAAGUCUAAUAAUAACGCGUGGAUGGAUGAACAGCUGUUUUUCAAGAAGUUGAACAGCCUUUGUACAUCAAAAGAGAUUUUUGACUUUCUUAGCGCACUGGAAGUCAUGUCUGAUACUAUGGCCUCAGGAGCCCUGCAGAGGAUUUCUGAAGUUGAGGUGGAUGACAAUGGUCUGAAAAACCAUGAAGGAGUGUUAGAGAAUGAAGUUUUCAGGGCAUUAUGCUUCCAGUUUGAAUUUGAAUCCUCAAAACUGUCAAACACUGGGCUGCUGAAUGCAUUGCAAGCUUUGAUAAAACUGGGUAUAGAUCCCCAGAGUACGCUGAUGGCAAGCUUGCUUUCAGAGGGCAAGGAACGGCUUGGUAAAGGACAGCUGACUGUUAAAAACCUGUGUGCUCUCGGAGAGAGUUUGCUUGAGGUGGAAGGCCCAAGCUGUGUGACACUGGAACAAAUUGUGAACCACGUGCAAGCAAAAGACGUUGAGAAGUGGAGUCCCAGGGAAAUGGUGACAGUUUAUAAGAUGCUGCAGGUGACUGCCAGGGAAGGGGAACGAUACCAAGACUUGCUAAACAGAAUGAACAGUGCCACUUUAACCAUAGUUUCCCAGCUAAGCCCAAAGUUCACAAGCAUAAUACUGAACUCACUGGUUGUUCUUCAUCAGACUCAGGACGUUCCCUUAGUCACAGCACUGUGUAGACAUUCUGUGAAGCAUAUUCCAUAUUUCACAGGUGAUGAACUGGUAAAUGUACUGGAAGCCUUCCUAUGCUUUGGACAUCGUGACCAGAUUUUUACAGAGGCACUGGAAACGCAUGUUCCCAAGUCCAUCUUUACCAUGCAUCCUCAAACAGUCAGCAAAAUCAUGCAGUACUGCUGCCAAAAGAUGAUCCUUUCUAAACCCAUCUUUGAUGCAGCGGCAGAAGGUUUCAUUUCCGAUGCUGACAGAUUUACCACCGACCAGAUUGCUGGGUAUAUUAUACCAUUUGGGACUCUUAACUAUCUGCCUCCAAGUGCUUCUGCCUUGUUUCAGAAGCUUGAAACAGUAUUGCAUGCUCGCCUUAGUCACUUUCAGCCUCACACCUUACUGAACCUGCUGCACUCCUGUGUCCUUAUUCAACGUUAUCCAGUAAAUUUUCUGCCAAAAAUAUUUAGUCCCUAUUUUCUGCAGCAGCUUCAAGCCCAGCCACCCGGUUUGGACAGAACUGUUACCUCCCAGCUAACCCAGCUUUUUCUGACUGUAACCCUGGAGUGCCCAUUUUAUGAGGGUCCCAAACUCCUUCCAAAGUAUCAAGUAAAGGCCUUUCUCAGACCUCACAGUUCUCUGGAUGUUCACCUCCUCAAAAGGGUGAAGACUGGAUUACUUUGUUUGCUGAAAAAAAGAAUAUAUUUUGCAUCAGAGGUAUCAACACCAUAUUUCUAUACAGUUGAUAUUGAGAUUAAAUUAGAUGAAGAAGGUUUUGUGUUGCCUGCUGCCCAAUGUGAAGAGGUACACAGACGAAUUGCCCUCUGUGUUGAUGGUCAAAGCAGAUUUUGCAUUAAUAGCCACAAUCUGUUGGGAGAAGAAGCUAUUAAACAGAGACAUCUUCGGUUACUUGGUUAUGAAGUUGUGCAGAUUCCAUUUUUUGAGAUCGAGAGUCUACAAAAUUGCAGAAAAAUGGCAGACUAUCUACACAGAAAAAUCUUUCCUCAUACAUACGGACUCAGCUGCUGACAUUGGAGAAUAAUACUAAAUCACAGGUUGACCUCCUGUACUAUAAAGUGUACAUAUUGUGCGUGGAAGAACAAUUCUGUUUUCUAAAUAACUCCACCUAAGAUAAUUUGAGCUUCUGAAUGUGAGACCUUCCAAUAUUUGGAACAAUUGACAUGUAAAGAGUAAUAAAGAACAACAUAUUUU